UAAUAUCCAUCUUUUUUAAAUAGAGAUUUUUAUGUAAUAAAUGUGAAAUAAUAAAAGUAUCAAUUAAUAUACAGCUUUUCAAUGUAUUAAAUCUUCAUUAAAAUUCUCUUUUGUAAAUAUUAUGACAUUUUUUUAAUUAUGUCAUUGUUACAGCAAAUAAGCAAUUUGUGAAAUCUGAAAUAUUCUAAGAUUUCUUAUUUUAUAAUUUUCGAAAAAAGAACUGAAGAAGCUAAAUGUAUGUAUUUCUUUAGAAAUCUUCAUAAAAUUAAAGUACAAAAAAGUCUUAAUAUUAUAAGAUAUAAAAAUUUUAACUCAAGAGAACAGUUAAUAAAAUCAGUCAGUGUGAACUAAACACUUUCUUCGUGUUGAUAUUGCUAUAUAUUUUAUAAUUUAUACAAUAAAACUUGUGAGUGUGUGGGUUGGUGAUUAUUUUGUGUUCAGUUAGUUAACGCAUGAAAACUUUAAGGAUGGCAAAAAAGCGGGAAUGCAUAUCCAUUCAUAUAGGGCAAGCGGGCGUGCAAAUGGGAAAUGCUUGCUGGGAGCUUUAUUGUCUGGAACACGGUAUCCAUCCAGAUGGGCAGAUGCCAGCAGAUGUUACUAUAGGCUCCGGAGAUGAUUCCUUUAAUGCGUUCUUCUCAGAAACGGGUUCAGGAAAGCAUGUCCCACGAGCAGUUUUGAUCGAUCUUGAGCCAACAGUAGUAGACGAGGUGCGUACGGGCACUUACAGGCAAUUAUUCCAUCCGGAACAAAUGAUUACCGGGAAGGAGGAUGCAGCUAAUAAUUAUGCCAGGGGUCAUUAUACAAUAGGAAAGGAGAUCAUAGAUCUCACUUUGGACAGAAUACGCAGAUUGACGGAGCAAUGCAAAGGUCUACAAGGCUUUUUAAUCUUCCAUUCGUUUGGCGGUGGUACAGGCUCCGGAUUCUCAAGUCUGCUUAUGGAACAACUGUCCGCCGAUUAUCCAAAGAAAAGUAAACUGACCUUUAGUAUUUACCCAGCGCCACAGGUAUCGACUGCAGUUGUGGAACCCUACAACGCAAUUCUGUAUACUCAUCCGACAUUAGAGCAUAGCGAAGUGGCUUUCAUUGUAGAUAACCAGGCCAUUUAUGAGCUAUGCAGAAGAAACUUAAAUAUCGAUCGACCGACCUAUACGAAUCUGAAUCGGCUGAUUGGACAAAUAGUCUCAUCCAUCACCGCCAGUUUACGAUUCGAUGGAGCCCUGAAUGUCGACCUCACUGAAUUCCAAACGAAUUUAGUGCCUUAUCCACGUAUCCACUUUCCGCUCGCCACAUAUGCUCCUGUUUUGUCAGCGGAGAAGGCUGGGCACGAGUUAGUGACGGUCGCGGAGAUAACGAGCUCCUGCUUUGAACCAAAUCACCAAAUGGUGAACUGCGAUCCGCGCAUAGGAAAAUACAUGGCGGUAUGUUUGCUGUACAGAGGCGACGUGGUACCAAAGGAUGUAAAUGCGGCAAUCGCGAUGAUAAAACGGCAGAAGCACGUGCAAUUCGUUGAAUGGUGCCCGACAGGAUUCAAGGUGGGAAUAAAUUAUCAACCACCCACUGUCGUACCGGGUGGAGAUCUUGCGCGCGUGGAAAGAGCGGUAUGCUGUCUCUGCAACACGACGGCGAUCGUAGACGCCUGGGCUCGACUUGAUCACAAGUUCGAUCUCAUGUACGCCAAACGAGCUUUUGUACAUUGGUUCGUCGGGGAAGGCAUGGAAGAGGGUGAAUUCUCAGAAGCUCGGGAAGAUCUGGCCGCCUUGGAGCUCGAUUAUCGCGAGGUACAGGAAGACGCUGUUAACACCGAGGAAGAAGAGGAAUACUAAACUGUAUUGAACUCCGUCGCUAUAACAAUCAAUGCUAAUACAUGUCGUAAUACGUUCUAUUGUUAUAUUAAGCCUCAAAAUCUUUGAUUUAUUAUGUAUUACCUAUCGCCAUCGGUGGUAUCUCUAUAGACGGAUUGUGUCUGUAUAAAUAAAUUAUUUAUACAUUCUA